UUUCAGUGGGUACCAGGUCAUGCAGGAGCUGAGAGAAAUGAAACUGCCAAGAGACCCAUGUUAAUGUUUGGCUGAUAGAAGUGAAGUUUGUUUCGUUUUUUUCAGCGGGGGGCAGCAUUAAGUGUGCAGGCUGCUGGAAUCUAUUGGAAGAAGAAGAAGGCGCAGGGGCAGUUCUCAGGGAAGUCUGCAAGUUUUUUUCUGAAAGACAGGUUUCGUGACAUUAGCGGACAUGAAGUCGGCUUUGUUUCACGUAUCGCUGCCUUUCGUGAUCUGUGUCGCCUUGGCCAACACCAGCCUGUUUAAUGAAGUUGAGGUGAGCUUAUCUUAUGAGCAUUAUGCAGAGAAACGGGUUGAACACCUGCCAGGUUUCCUGGCGAUGCCCUGUAACUGUCUGGUGAAUCUCGCUUACAUCUUCAUGGGACUGUACUGGCUGUGGCGAAGAGGCGACAAAGAAACUGAACCGAGCUGCUACAUGAGACAAGUGUUCGCCUUCAUGGCGGUGUUUUACGGACCUGUGCAGUGGACGCGCUUGGCGGUGCUGCGGCGCGUUCCUGCAGUGCUUGAUCAGUGGUUCACGUUACCGAUUUUCGCAUGGGUUCUGGUGUGGAUCCGUUUCAUUGAAAGGGGGCAGAUUAAGUGGCACGCCACGGAUGCGGUGGUACUCGAGCUGUAUUCUCUCCUCAGCUAUGGCCUGGCGCUGGUGGACGAGCGGGGCUUCGAGGUGGCGCUGGGCUGUCAUGUCGCCCUCGCGGUGUACCAGGGAGUUCGCGUGCAGCUCGCGCACGGAGACGCUCGUACGUUGGGAUACCUGCUGCUGGCUCUACUGUCAUGUUCGGGUUUCGUGGUGCUAAAGCUCCUGGAUCAGUGGCUCGCUCGGUACCGGUUGUUCCAGCGUCUCACUGGGCACUUCUGGUCCAAAGUGUGCGAUGUUCUGCAGUUCCACUUCAGCUUCUGUUUCCUGACAACACUAACACAGAGGACCCAGGAAAAGACUACAGCACUGAAAAGGCAGUGAAAGGCAUUUUAUACUGUGUUAGGGUGAUUUUUAUUUUAUGCACUUAAGAAUGGUUUUAUUUUAUAGCACACAUACUUGUAUGUC